UAAAGAUAAUUGAAUAAAACGAGCUACCAACCAUGUGACAGCGUGCUCUCCUUACGGCUGUACCUAAUUCUACCCGUUAUUAAAAUCUUCAGGUUCACGUGCCGUCCGUCUCUCCAGCAGCAGCACUCAUCCAGACAUUGCCUUUCCUUUUCUUGUGUGUGUAUGUGUGUGUUAAUCGCGUAUAACCAGGGACCGGUGCCGGGAAGUCUAUAUACAGCCUUAGAAUGAGCCACAAGGACAUUUAGAUUUAUAACUAUGAGAGGGACGCAAGGGGCAAGUAAACUGACUGUAGACUGUGGAGAUUUACCUUUGUAGUGUCUCUCCUUGGUCUCAUUUUCAUUAUUUUCCUCGGUAACCGUUAUGUGUCUGGUUAGUUUGUGUUUCUCUCGCAUAUUCUCGUCUCUCCCUUCAGUUUAAGGUGUAGAAUGUAGAGAUUUACAUUUUUAGCGACUCUCCUUGGUCUCAUUUUCAUUAUUUUCCUCGUUAACUGUUAUGCGUCUGGUUACUUUGUGUUUCUCUCCCAUAAUCUCAUCCUUCCGUGCAGUUUAAGGUGUUUGAAUGCGGCGCGGGGUGGUGCGCGCGGCGGCCACCAGGGCGGCGCCACUUCAGUGUAAACAUGGCCAGGCAGGAGGACGAGCUGGAUUUCACGUCGGGGCGCUUCAACCCCGCCCGGGCCCUCGCCACACCCGAUGCCCCGCUCCCUGACCCCGAGGCCGAGACGUUCGAGGACCUGUACCGCUUUAGGGAGGCGGUGCACGGCCAGAGGCUUAACGUAGAGCAGGAGAUCCCCGGCGUGCUUGGCCCCGGCGGCAUCCCCAGACCACAAGUUCGCCAGGUUCCCGCUGACAGGCAGUUUACUCCAGAGCAAGGCCUGCUGAGGGGAAGGGGUCGCCGCCGGGCCCGCAACGUGAUCACCCGCAUGGACGAGAUGACUGGCCCGCUGGCACUCCUCAGGCAGUGCCGGGACAACAACACUCGGGUCAAGGUGUACACGCGGAACCACAGCGAGGUGCGCGGCGUCUUGACCGGCUUCGUGGUGGCCUUCGACAAGCACUGGAACCUGGCGCUGCGGGACGUGGACGAGGUGUUCCAGAAGAAGAUAUCGUGCAAGGCCCCUGUGUUCGGUGACAUCAGCAAAUUCGUGAGAGUGGGUGACCUGAGCAUCCAAAGCGACAUAAAGGAGGACACAGACACGAGCUCGGACGACGACGAAAUGGGAGGAAGGUACGCGAGAAAGGGAGAACGACCGGCAGCAGGUGCAACAGGUGGUGGAGGUGGACGAGGCAGAGGAAGAGAGGACAGGAGUGAAGAGGAAUGUAGGUGGCUCAUGAUUCAAGAUGCUGUGGAGGCUGCCGCGAGGAUGUCAAUGGAGGUGGAUUAUACAAAGCCCGGGACCAGUGAAGCCCAGGAUGCACGCCGCCUUAUCCUGGCUCAAGGGACGCAGAACUGGAAAGACAAUGGAGCGAAAAGAAAGAAGAAGGAUGGGAAGGUGGAUGAAGAUGAAAACAAAGGAGCUAAGAAGAAGGAAGGAAAGAAGAUGCUGCAACUGGAGGAGAAGGAAGAAGAGGAGAAUGUGGAGGAAGGUGAGGCAAAGAAGCGAGUGAGGAAGAGGAAGAAGAGAGAGAUAAGGAAGAGGCACGUCAAUCAGCUGUUGGUGCGAGGAGAGAAUGUGGUGUUGAUCGCGGUGAUGAGACCAUGAGGAGCCACCACCACCACCACCACCACCACCCACCACCACCACCACCACCACUGUGAUAUGUGAUAAGAACUUGAUUAUGCAUGAGAAGAAAAAAAAAAAAAAACACUCCUCCCCGCACACACAGCUGACAUCUCUUGGUCUAUUGGUCUGUUUCCCUUUCCCAAGAUCCCAAGUUCGUCUCCAACUCACGCUUUAGGAAUGAGCGAGGUAGACUGAGGAAGCUUAUACUAUACCUUGUCCCUCCUCUCUCUCUCCCUCUCUCUCCCUGAAGGCUACAAGGAAGGACAGAAAAGGGCAUGGAAGACAGGACACAAAAGCAGCAAGUGGGUCAGGUUACGUCCGUCACUUCCCCCACAAAAAUAAAUAAAUGACAACAGGAAAAAUAAGUGUCUUUUUUUUCUCAAUUUAGGUUAUAUAUAUGAAAAAUGUGCCUUGUGAACUGUAUAAUAAUUUGUUUCGAGAUUAUUGUUUGUUUGUUCGUAUUUAUUUGUUUAAGCAGCUCAGAGCAACUAUUUAUUUUCUUUUAUUUUUCCUCUUCCUCUUUUGCUUUCCGUCGCUCAAGGAUUUUCGUGGAAGCCAUUCGUUGACCUCAGAGGAAAAAUAAUAAUUAAAUGUAACCAAAUAGAAGCUAAUGCAAUA